AAUUUUGGGGGAAUGAUGAGAGAGGGGCACAAGUGGGCGCAGGAUAAGCACGUGGGCGUCGCCUUUUCUCAUUGCACGCUGGCAUGUCCAUGGAAAAUAAGCCUUAAAACUCUCCGCCUUCCUGUUCUAGCUACAAAAAAACAUUAGUAUUUUACUUCAUAGAUUUUAAUAUUUCAGGUCCUUUCUGUCUGUCUUGCUGUAUAUGAUUGGCAGCUUAUACUUGUUUGAGCAUAUCAAGAAGAACAUUAGAUUUCAGGAAGCAGGUUGUAUUAUUGAGUUCUGCCUUCUUCUGAGAACAUCUUUUGCUUGCUGUUGAAGAAGGAAACCUUUUGGAGCUUCGCCUGCAUUGAAUGGGAAGCUUAUGUUGGUGAAGGAGUUAGGUAUAUCUGAUUCAACUAUACCUAUAAAGCAAAUUGAUGAACAUAUAAUCAAGAAGAAAAUCAAAAGGAUUAGUCAUGAAGUUUAUGAAACUCGGAUCCCGACCGGACACCUUCUACACUGCUGAGGCUGUCAGGUCUGUCUCCUCUGAAGUUUCUAGUGACCUUAUAGUUCAAGUGACUGGAAGUAGAUAUUUGCUUCACAAGUUUCCUCUUCUUUCCAAGUGUUUGCGCCUACAGAGACUAUGCUCUGAAUCCCCUGAAUCCUCACAACACCAAAUAGUCCAGCUCCCUGAUUUUCCCGGUGGGGUUGAGGCAUUUGAACUCUGCGCAAAGUUCUGUUAUGGUAUUACAAUCACUAUUAGUGCCUACAACAUUGUUGCAGCGAGAUGUGCGGCCGAUUACCUGCAGAUGACAGAGGAUGUUGAGAAGGGGAACCUAAUAUACAAGCUUGAAGUUUUCUUCACUUCUUGCCUACUUCAUGGGUGGAAAGAUGCUAUUGUCACUCUACAGAGCACCAAAGCAUUUCCUUUGUGGUCAGAAGACCUUGGAAUUACAAGCAGAUGCAUUGAAGCUAUUGCCUCUAAAGUCUUAACUCAUCCCUCAAAGGUGAGUUUGUCGCAUAGUUACUCUAGAAGGGAAAGGGAUGAUGUGUCUUGUAAUGGAGCAGAGAGCCAGAGGCUUAAACCAGCAAGCAAAGGUUGGUGGGCUGAAGAUAUGGCCGAAUUAGGCAUAGACCUAUAUUGGAGAACCAUGAUGGCAGUUAAAUCCGGUGGAAAGAUACCAUCUAACCUCAUUGGGGAGGCCUUGAAAAUCUACGCAGCUCGAUGGCUACCUAACAUAUCAAGAGAACGAAAUUUUAAUAAGCAAGUAGGAUCUGACUCGGAUUCAGACUCGACCAACGAGACAACUUCAAAGCAUAGGCUGUUUCUAGAAACAAUAGUAAGCUUACUCCCAGCAGAGAAAGGUGCUGUAACUUGCAGUUUCCUUCUCAAACUUUUGAAAGCAGCCAAUAUUCUCAAUGGCUCCUCAUCUUCAAAGAUGGAAUUGACCAGAAGAGCGGCACUUCAAUUAGAGGAAGCAACAGUAAGGGAUCUGUUAAUACCCUCCAUCUCACUUGCAAAUGAUACAGUGUAUGAUGUAGACUUGGUCAUCACCAUAUUGGAGCAGUUCAUGUUACACGGGCAGAGUCCUCCCACCAGCCCUCCAAGAUCCAAGCUGGGGUUUGAAAGGAGGAGGUCUCGGUCAGCAGAGAAUAUUGACUUGGAGUUUCAAGAGAGGAGGAGGUCUUCUUCAGCAUCACAUAGCUCAAAGUUGAAGGUGGCUAAGCUUGUGGAUGGUUAUCUUCAAGAGAUUGCCCGAGACGUGAAUUUACCUCUUUCGAAAUUCAUUACACUUGCUGAGGCCAUUCCAGAUUUCUCAAGGCUUGAUCAUGAUGAUCUCUACAGAGCCAUUGACAUUUAUCUCAAGGCACAUCCAGACCUAAACAAGAGUGAAAGAAAACGGUUGUGCAGAGCCCUAGACUGCAAGAAACUAUCGGUCGAAGCCUGCAUGCAUGCUGCGCAGAAUGAGUUACUCCCACUGAGGGUGGUGGUACAAGUUCUCUUCUUUGAGCAAGCUAGAGCAGCCAUGGGUGGUGGCAAAGUCACUGAGCUGCCUAGCAACAUCAAAGCACUACUUGCUGCACAUAAUAUUGAUCCAUCAAGGCCAACAGCUGCAUUAAGCACAACUACUAGCAUUCAAGCAGAUGACCAAUGGAGUGUCUCAGGCUUCAAAUCACCAAAAUCUAAGGUGUCAACACUAAGGAUGAAAAUGGCUGAAGAUGAAUUAGAUGUAAGUGAUCUGCAAUCAGAUGGACUAGGGAGGAGUUCCAAGUUUAAGGCUUUCUGCGCUCUUCCUACGAGACCGAAAAGGAUGUUCAGUAAGUUGCUGUCCAUGAAUAGAAAUUCCAGUGAAAAAAAUUGAAUUUUGUUUACUUCCAGAAGCAGAUGGUAAUUUAAAGUGCAACUUAUACACUAUCUUUCUUGUUUUGCUCUUCUGAAAUGCCUUGUACUUUGUAGCUCAGAAAGAAAAAAAAUUCUAAUGGUGAUGUAAUCUAAUAUAAUAAGAAAGAAAAUUUUGAGGACAUGAGGAAAAUUAAUCUCCUGGCUGAUCUCAUUAUGGGAACUGGAAGAAAGAAGACUCUUAAUUACUUGUAGAACAUCAAUUCUGGGACCAAUUUUCUUGAUUUGCGUCCAUAAAUCUGCAACAUCUACUUUUGUCU